AUGUAAUAAUUAUUUACAUACAUUUUAAUCACAAUCUUAUCUCUUAGUCAAGCAUAGAUUUUACAAAUUCCUCUUAGCUUCUCAAAAAAAUAAAAUGAAAUCCAAGCCUUAAAUUCUUAAAGACUUAGAAGCUUACAGUAGGAUAGCGCUAAUCUCAACUUAAAUGUUAUAAGUGAUACAAAUUAGUCGUUUUACUAUGGAAAAAUUCAAUUAGGCAAUGGUAAAAAUAACAGCUUCGAUGUUUUCUUUGACACAACUUCUUCUUUUAGUUGGAUUCCUAGCUCUUCUUGCACAAGCGAUUCUUGCCAAGGAUUUAACAAGACAUAUCUCUGUAUUUAUAGUGAUAUGUGUUACCAAGAUAAUAAAUAAGCACUAUCUAAUUACAAUUACUCUGGUGGGCAAUUGUAUGGAUAAUAAAUAAUCGCAACAUUACAAAUUUCUGGAUUAACAUCUUAAAACACACAAUUCUAUUCUGCAAAUCAAAUUUUAAAUCUUGAAAAUUUACCAGUAGAUGGUGUUAUAGGAAUGUAAUUGUUAAAAUCAUAGAACAAAAGCUAGGAAUCUUUUCUUUCAAUCAUUCAAUCUGAAGGAAAAAUAAAAGUGCCUAUGUUUUCUUUAUUCUUGAACUAAAAAGAAGGCUCUAAAAUUACUUUAGGAGGUUUUGAUCCAGCCUCAAUAAUGGAUUAAAAAAAAAUAUAUUAUCAUAAAGUGAUAUCAAAAAAUCAGACAGAUGAAACCUUCCAAUGGGCUGUAAGAGGAGAUGAAUUAAAAAUAGGAUCUUAUUCAGCUAGCUUAAAUGCAACAUAAAAAUAAAUUCUAAUUUCUUCAGUAGACUAAUUUAUUGGAUUGAACUAAGACAUUUUCAAUGAUUUGAUGAAUUAUCUCACAAAAUAAUACAAAGUAUUUUAAAAUUAAGGAUAUUAUUUUGUCGACUGUAAAUAAAUCAUGCCUCCAAUUUUAAUCGCAUUGCCUGACUCUAAUAGUACAAGCAGGAUAUAUAAUCUUACAUCGGAUUAUUAUAUAAAUAAUACUACCUAGACAUGCUAAUUAAUGAUUAAAUCAUUAGAAAAUCCAGAUCUUAAUAUGAUUCUGGGAACAUCUUUCCUUGAAAAAUAUGUCUCAAUUUUUACAAUUUCAAAUUCAACAAUAGGAUUUGCCUAGUCUGUUUAAAAUCAAUAAAAGCAUUAAAGUCCUUUAGAUUAAGUAUUAUGUAUAAUAAUAGUGUCAAUAUGUUGUAGUAUUCUACUGAUUAUUAUUGGAGUUUGUUUUUACAAGCAAUGCAAAAUAAAUAAAUCUAAGCUAAAAAAUGGUGUUUUACUUAAAGAAUAACAUACAGAUAAUAAAGAAAGCGAUUAAAACACAAUCAAAAACCCAAUUUUUAAUACAAAUUAAAAUCAAAAUCAUGAUUCUUCAUUUAUAAUUUGUAGCUAAAAUCUGAAAUCUGAAAAUAAAAAAGGAUAAUGUGUUCUAGAAGAAAAUAAUGAUAAUCACCAAGAUAACUUAUGA